CAAGUGUACGAGCGAGUGAAAAAAAAAAUUAAAAAAUGGAGAAUUGUUUUCUAUGGAUUGAAACAAAGUACGGUCUUAAUGCCAACUCUUCUAUGGCAGAAUUGAACAAGGUAUUCCGGGAUUGGAACAUGGCUGCUCUUGUUCUUAUCGGUGUCCUCAUUCUGCCGGGAAUCCUGGGAAAUUCUUUAGUGGUGGCCAUUUUUUAUAGGGAUUUUAAAAAAUCGGCAUACAGAACAUUUGUCCUCUGGCUCGCAGUUCUGGAUCUAGCUGGUUGUAUUAUUGUUAUGCCAUAUCUCAUGGUUAAUAUAAUAACACCGGUAACUAUGGACAACGAAAUUAUCUGUAAAGUUGGAAAAUUUCUGUCGUACGCCAUAAUGAUGACGUCAUAUUUUAUUCUGGUUAUAAUAGCAUUGGACAGGUACCGAAAAAUUUGUAGACCACACUCCCUACAAAUUCUUCAGUCACAAACAUCAAGAUAUUGUUUAGGAAUGUUAACUCUUUCCGUGAUAAUUUCAGUUCCUGCACCGAUUCUUUACGGAAACAGUAGCCUCGACAUCGGAAUUCCCGGGUUGAAGGCCACGCGCUGCUUCACUAUGGACAAGUACAAGGGUACCCCAGCACAUCUUUUGUACUAUGCAGUGAUAAACGUGCUGGGAGCCACAGUUACCCUCAUUAUAACGAUACUGUAUGUUCAAGUCAUCAGAAGAAUAAGAUACCAAUUCCGUCAAAAUAAAGAAAUAUCUCCAAAUAUUCGCAGAAAUGAUAAAUUGACUCAGAAAGGAAGUACUUCCGAGGAGAAAAUAAACCGGAAGCUGGUUAGGACCACGGUAACAUUACUAGCUGUCACGAUUAUAUUUGUUAUAACAAUAUUCCCACAUACCGUGCUUUCUCUAAUUGAUUAUUCUGUACAGAACUUCUUCUGUCGGUUGUCUUUUGAAGAAGGUGUGGCCUACAAUUUUGCUAUCCAUUUCUUUUUACUGAAUAAUGUUUUAAAUUGUGUUAUUUAUGGGUUCACUGACAAACAGUUCAAGAGAAGAAUAUUGUUGCUCUUUAGAAGACAACAGUUCAACUUGUCCGAAUCAAGCGAUGGAAAUUCUUCAAACAAAAUAGAAAUAUAGUAACAUGAUUAGGACAAGGGAAUAGAAACCAACAAACUGUUCCUGCAUACAUCGUGUCUAUCUUGUGCAUUUUAUUAUUAUACUAUUAUUAUAUUUUUAUCUUA